AUGAAGGCACAAGAGUUGAUAAGCCUUUGUGAGUGGGAGCCAAGGUGGCUUCCAAAUGUUCAAGAUUGUGAAGAACAUUCUGCUCAAUCAACUAAAAAUGGUGCUUCUUUUAAUCCUAGUAAACAUCAUAACCCUAAUAAGAAAACAAUAUCUGAAGAUUCUUCAAAGAAGGAAACUAGAUCCCCCUUAUUGGAUUGUAGCUUAUGUGGGGCCACAGUAAGAAUCUUAGAUUUCAUUCAUGUAAAUCGUCCUUCCCGUUUUUCCCCUGACAAUGUUGAUGUCCCUGAAGCAAGUAAAAAGAUUGUAAUCACACAUGGAAUAAGUGCUGCAAGUGGAAUCAAUAGAUGGGUUGAAGCUGAACAACAAACAGAAGACAUUGAUGAAGCUGCAACUACAGGAAUGGAUUUAAAUCUUACAAUGGGAAGUGGAUUAUCUCAAAAAAGACCUGUUGCGGGCAAUGAGGUUGGGGGUCGGGCAGCUUCGUAUGAAUCCUGGGGCCCGAACAAAAGAAAUGUAUAUGAAGGUGGGAGUACAGUGGAUAGGCCAUCGGGGAUUAUUCCCCAUACAAAUUACAUUGAAGGUGUUGUCAUUAACCGAUAUGCUGAUGAAGUCAACGAUAGUAAACGGGCAUGUGGGUCCGGGUCUUACAAACAGGACUACUCAUCUGGUGCGGGUCCCAGUCAGGUUUCAUAUUUUGAUAUUGACAUAAAUGCCCUUCCUCAUUCCACUAAAGAUUCAGCAAGAGCUUCAUCUGUUAUAGCAACGGACACUUUUUGUCCUAGUGAUGAUGAUAAUGAUUCAAUGGAGAGUGUUGAAAAUCAUCAUGGAUAUGUAGGAGGAGAUGAGGUUAAUUACCCUUCGGUGUCUGGUGUUAAAAGCACAGAUAACCAGGGAAAAAAUAGUACAAAUGAUGAAGAGGUUUUGAAUGUUAUGGGUCAUGGAAAAGACGGUUUUACGCUUGCGAUUAGUGGAGGAGGGAGUGUGGGAAUGGGUGUAAGUCAUGAAGCUGAGAUUCAGGGGUCGGAUGGGUUGAUUCAUAGAAGUGGAAGUGUUGUUGGGGACCCACCUCCACCUCAAGUGGUGGUGGUUGUGGGUGACAGUUGACUUUAGAUGCUUUAGAUGGGUUUCAAUAAACCCAAUCAAACCCUUGAAUCUAAAUCAUGUAACAUGUACAAAUGGUUUGGUUUAAUCGUUAUUUUAUUUAUUUAUUUAUUUAUUUAUUUAUUGUGAACAGGGCUUGGCCACCUGAAGUCAUACUGACACCUCUAUGUUUCUUCUCUUGUGCUUUAUGAACAAACAAUGGGCAUUAACAUGUGGAGAUAUUUUACGAAUAUUAACACAUUACAGUCGACCAAUUUUCAAAGUUGAACACCCACAUGGUGAAACAGGUAGCAGUAGCAGUGGUAGCCAAGCAUCAACAAUAACCCUACAAAAUUUCAAUCCUCUUCUUCUUCUUCUUCACCAUCUGGACACCAUGAAAGGAAACCACUAAGGCCUCUAUCUCCUUGGAUCACUGAUUUAUUGCUUGCUGCACCUAUAGGUAUCAGAAGCAACUAGUUUCGUUGGUGUGGGGGUGUUAUGGGAAAAUACGUUGCAGGGGAACUGAAGCCACCUUCUCUUG